AUGGUGGGACCUCAGUGUUUGUAUGCCGUGUUCGAUGACUAUAGAAAAGUUGUCUUCCACAGCUGUGAAGCUGAGUUUCAUAUUGGUCACAGCUUUGGUGGAGAAGAGGAUUUCUGUAAUACUUUAGGAUGCCACUACAAGCUCAUCAUCCAAAUAGUCUUCCUGGUCUUCCUGUUCAAGGAGAUAUCUGAGAUCCACAUCAUUGACUUUGAUGAUGAGAAUAACAUCAUUAAUAAGAACGUCCUCCUGCACCAAGCUGGAGAGAUAUGGCACAUUGCUGCCAGUCCUGCAGAUAAGGCUGUAAUUACCACCUGCUAUAACAAAACCAGUGACAGCAGGGUGGUGUCCUGUGCCGCAGUAUGGCGGAUGCCCUCCGACUGGGACUCGGGAAGCCACGAGUCACCUGAUGACUCUGCCCACAACGCUCAAACUCUGGAGCUGCUCUGUCAUCUAGACAACAGUGCCCACGGAAAUGCUGCCUGCGUGCUAUGGGAGCCCAUGGGGGAUGGCAAGCGUGUGAUUUCACUGGCUGAUAACCAUGCACUGCUCUGGGACCUGCAGGAAAGCUGCACACAAGCCACGGUCUCCAGCACUGCCACCCUUGAGGGUAAAGGUCAGCUGAAGUUCACCUCUGGCAAAUGGAGCCCGCACCACAACUGCAGCCAGCUCGCCACGGCCAACGACACCAGCAUUCGAGGCUGGGAUCUGCGCACUAUGAGCCAGAUCUACUGUAUAGAGAACGCCCACGGCCAGCUGGUGCGUGACCUGGACUUCAAUCCCAACCGGCAAUACUACCUGGCCAGCUGCGGGGACGACUGCAAGGUCAAGUUCUGGGACGUCCGUAACGUCCAGGAGCCCGUAAAGACCUUGGAGGAGCACUCACACUGGGUGUGGAGCGUCCGCUACAACCACAGCCACGACCAGCUGGUGUUGACAGCCAGCAGCGACAGCCGUCUCAUCCUCUCCAAUAUGGUGUCCAUCUCCUCUGAGCCGUUCGGACACUUGGUGGAUGAUGAGGAACUCAGUGAGGGGGAGGAUAACCACCAGGAGGAGAAGAGUAAGGAGCCUCUGAAAGACAAUGUGGUGUCGACCUACGAGGAGCAUGAGGACAGCGUGUACGCAGCAGAGUGGUCAUCAGCUGACCCCUGGCUGUUUGCAUCACUCAGCUAUGAUGGACGCCUGGUCAUCAACAGGGUUCCCCGAGCUCUUAAAUACAGCAUCCUCCUGUGAGACAAAGGGGAGCCAGUGGAAUGACAGUGUUUAAAUAUUUGUCUAGUGUAAAUAUCUAAGUAUGGGUGUUCUAGUAACUGUAAAGAUGGAAGUGUAAUGCAUAUCAGCAUUAAAGUGGAAUAUCUGAAUCAAAGUGGAAAUUUUGGUUAAUGUCAAAGUUUUAUAUGUUGACAAAUCUGUUUUCUUUUUAUUUUAUUUUUUUACUAACCUGGUUGAUUUUCUUUAACCAUUACAUGACAUGAAAUAAUUGAAACAGAAUAGGUGAGGUUACA